AUGAACAUUACUAUUCGAGCAGCGGUAUUAUCUACAAUCACUAGUAGAUCACCGCUGUUUUCUAUACCAUCAAAGAGAGAUGUUUCAUUCUUCAGAAUAGAAAAUUCGAAGUUUUCGAAAUCUUUUAGUACGAUUAUCAGUGGUAAAUCAUCGACAAAUUAUCAAAUCACACACUCGAAGUUUUCAGAUAUCCUAAGCGCAGCAAUUCAUCUUGAUAAUGAAAACAUAAAUGGAACUCUAUUUAAAGAAAAACAAAAAAUUAAUUCGACUGUCACAUCUAUAACUCAUUGUCAAUUCUUGAAAUGUGUACAACAUGACUACUUCUUCAAUUCCGUCGAAGGUGGUGCUAUUCUUAUUCGAGGUUUAAUUGUAGAUAUCUCUGAUUGCGUUAUCCGACAAUGCUACGUUUUCCAGAUUGGUGGAGCUAUAAGAGUAUCAAACUCCGCAAGCAUUAGUAUCAACAACUCCUUAAUUGCUGAAAAUAAUGCAACGAAUUUUUGUGGAGGUGUAUCUCUUUUCCAUGUAUUCGAAUCCGUUAUUCAAAACAACAACCUUACAUUCAAUGUAUGCAAAGGACAAGUCUCUGCUUUAAUGUUGACUCGAUGUUUAUCAUCAUCCAUCCAAAACAACAUAUUCUUUAACAAUACAGCUAAAUCACACGCUUCUACAUUCUUAGAGUAUACGAAUGCUACAAGUAGCGGACUUAUUUACGUUUCAAAUAAUGCAGAUAUCGCAACUGCUCUUGUUGUUACUCACAACUCAGAUUUCGAAGUAUUUUCAUCAUACUUUUCCGAUUUGGCAAAGAAUCCUUCUAUUUUAGUCUCUAAAAAAGCUAAAAUCGAAGUUACGAAAUCUUUCUUCGGCGGCAUUCUUAAAGACGAGAUUGUAGAAGAGUCAGAUGGAGAAAGUGCUAAUGAAGAAUGCACAGAAGGCCAAAAGAAGGAAAUUGAACUUGAAAAUUUAACAGAAAUUUCAUUCCACGUAGAAACCGAAGAAGUAAACAGAAACGAGUUUGUUCCCAUCUUCUUAGGAGGAAAUGAGCAUAAUACUCCACUCAGCCGGCAUACUUUCGUUGAAGAAGUUGAUCAUGGUUUGGAUAAGUCUACAAUUAUGAUUAUUGCUUAUGCAAUUGUCAUCAUGAUGCUUAUUGUUGGCCUUAAAAUGUAUUUUGGAGGUAAUUCUUCCGAUCAGAAAGGAGUUAGUACUUCAAUUUUCGGAGAUGAAAGUGAUGACAUCGAAGAUGAACCAGAGAACUUCAUGCAUGAUAAAACAGAUCCAAACAAAGUCGGAGAAAAGCCAGAAUUGGAGAAACUAGUUGGAAAGGAAGUUCAUCUUGAAGAAGAGCAUGAAAUUGCAUGA